AUGAAUUUGAAGCUUGUAUUAUCCCUUACUGCAGUAGCCUCGGUGGUUGCUGCUAAGAACGUGGUCAACUUCGACCAGUACGAGGACUCUCCUAACGAAAAAAGAAUGGAUUUCGAAAAGAGGGAACCAAAGAACAUUGCAGACUUGAGCCAGUUCAAAGAAGACCUUGCCUCUGAAAAGGAGACUAGAGAAGCCAAGUAUAUCUUUGAUUUGGAACAGUUGAAGCAAGACCUUGAAUCCCAAAAUGGUAAAAGGGAUGCUAAAUAUAUCGUUGAUUUGGAACAGUUGAGACAGGACCUUGAAGCUCAGAAGGACAAGAGAGAUGCUAAGUACAUCUCUUUUGACAUAACUGCGUUCAAGCAAGCUCAUGGCUCUUCCAACAAGGAUAAUCUUGCCCAGAUUUACUUUACUGUUGACUCAAAGGACUGCCACGCCAACUUACUCGAAUCUAUCUUGCCACAAGUCAAACUGGUUUCCAUCUUUGCUGGAUAUGUUAGAGAUUACGAAGAGAUUUCACAUAAAACUGAGUUGACCAACGAAACAAUGCUUGUGAUCGCUCCAAGUGACGAGGCCAUAGACUCAAAGUUGAACGGUUUGAAGCCAUGGGAGUUCCCAAUCUCCUUGGACAGCGCCGAUAACGAGGAUGUCGCCGUUAAGCAGAACCUAGAACUGUUUGUUAAUCACCAUGUUGUGUUGAACUUCGAACAGAACUUGGAUAUUGACGAAAGUGCCCACUCCGUGGUCGCCAAAUUAAAUUCAGGUGACGUGGUUACCAUCAAGCAAGACAAAAUAAGUGAUAAGUUCUCUAUCAGUUUGGCCAACGGUGAAUGGAUCAAUGUGGAACGUGUCCAACAAGUCGACAAUGGUUUCUUGUUCGUUAUCAACGAUGUUUUGGACAAGCCUUAG